AUGAUUUGGAUCGCGCUUUUAGCCGUCUUGGUUUCGUGCGCCCUCGGGAACAGGACCGCGGAGCAGGUGCCGUUCUUUCACGGGCAUGUGUUUGAGAACUCGUCCCCGGGCUCCCGGGUCAACGGACUGAGCGUCCCGUUGAAGCGGCUCAACUCGCAGAGGUUGUGCGGCACCGGGGAGCCGGGCGCAGCGGCGGCACACUUCAAACUAACGGGGGACGGGAGUGAGAAUUUCCGUGUGUUUGCGCACAACAAACGGGGUCAUGUUUUGUUGAAGACCUCCGGGAUUCUGGACCGGGAGGAGCAGGCUGAAUACGCACUGGGUCUUGGCUUGUGUUGCGGGCAAUGCGCGGGACUCUCCCGGGAUGAGGCGCACGAGUCUCUGGUGGUCGCGGAGGUGGCGUCCAUCAAGGUGGACGUCCUGGACACCAACGACCACCAGCCCACCUUCCCCAGUAGGGACGUGAGACUGAGCCUGGAUGAUGCCACUGCGCUCCGCACGUCUGUCUACACGGUCACCGCGCGGGACGACGACAGCGGCAAGAACGCGGAGCUCAUCUACUUCGUGCUGCCCAAAAACGGGAGUUUCUACGCGGUGCCCAAAACUGGAGACAUCCUCCUGGUCGAUUCCAUCCUCGGUCUGGAUGAACCGAUCAAGUUUGAAGUGUUCGCCCGGGACCGCGGGUGGCCACCUCGCACGAGCCAGAGCGUGGCGGUGGAGAUCAGCCCGCGGCAGUGGCCCGCGUCGCCCUCCUCGCAGAGCCCCCAGCAGGAGAGACGGAAGCCUAAAUCGCAAACCAAAGUGCCCGAGCGAAGGUCCAGGUCGGUCACGGAGUCAGACGGCCCCGUUUUCAUCAACGUGUCCGAGGACGCGGGGAUCGGUUCCGUGGUGAUGAACCUGAACCCGGUGAGGUUUCAGUCGGCUGCGUUUGAGCUGGUGGAGCCUGACGUGGAGAGCUCACCGGUCAGCGUGAGCAGGGACAGCGGGGAUAUAGUCAUAUUACGGAGGCUGGACCGAGAGACGGAGCCCCUGGUGGAGAUCAGCGUCAGAGUUCAGGAUAAGAGAGGUCCAGAGUGGUACUUGGUCAGAGUGGAGUUGACUGUGACUGAUGUAAAUGACAAUAUCCCUGAAUGGAGCAUGGUUCCUGCUCCCUACCUCGCUGUGGUUUCCCCUGAAGCCUCUGCGGGCUCACUGGUCUACAAGCUCCAUGCACAGGAUGGGGAUGAAGGCAACAAUGGCGAAGUUGAGUACUUCCUUUCUGAUGGCGGUGAUGGUCGUUUUGAAGUGGACAGGAAGAGCGGCCAGAUACGAACUACAGGCCUCCCCCUGCAGCAGGACAGGGAGUACCUGUUGACGGUGGUGGCCGCCGACCGGCUGGGCAGCCGCAGCGCCCCUGCUGUCAUCUCUGUGGUGGCUGGAGCCCGGCCACCACAGUUCACCAACGCCUCCUUCACCAUCGCCAUACCAGAAAACACCCCUGAAGGACAGCCCUUCCUGGUCACACCUGCCGUGUCCUUCCAGAAGAAACCAAUCAGUUACAGCCUUCUCAUCAAUCCCAGUAGUCUCUUCUCCAUCUCAGCAGAGACUGGUGAAAUCAGCCUGACCCGCCCCAUCGACUACGAGGGCGACCAGCAUCGCUAUCUGCUAUUGGUGCGAGCCAGCGAGGGCCUGGACAGCAUGAGCAGUGCAGCUGAGGUGCGUGUUGUCAUUGUCGAUGAAAACGACUGUGUUCCCGAGUUCCUCCAGUCCAUCUACAGCAAGGAUGGUGUACCAGAGACUGUGACUACAGCAACCUCCCUGCUACAAGUAUCAGCCAAUGACUGCGACUCGGAAGAGAAUGCAGAGUUGACCUAUUACACCCUGAGUCCAGACUUCACCAUUUCCCCUCAUGGAACCAUUUUCCCUUCGGGGCCUCUGGACUACGAAAGGCCCAAUCACCUGUAUGAGUUUGUAGUGAUGGCAGUUGACAAGGGGGAGGUCCCUCGCACCGGCACAACUACAGUGCGAAUUCGAAUGGCUAACGUCAAUGAUGAGGCGCCCGAGUUCUCUCAACAUAUAUAUCGGACUUUUGUCUCAGAGGACGCGGGCCCCAACACACUUGUAGCCACGGUGCUGGCAAAGGACCCCGAUGGGGAUGGGAUCACGUAUAGAAUCACGACCGGAAACGAGGAGGGCAACUUUGUCAUUGACAGCCAAAAAGGACUGAUCCGUCUGCGCUCCAGCCCACCCCCUCACCUCCAGGGCGUCGAAUACAUCCUCAACGUCACGGCAACAGAUGACAACGCCUCAGGUGGACCUCAGGCCUUGUCGUCCACGGCUCAGGUCGUCGUGGGAGUGGACGACGUGAAUAACAACAAGCCUGUCUUCGAGAAAUGUCAGCAGUACCGAGAGAGCACAUCGGUCCUGGAGAACCAGCCAGCGGGAACUUUUGUUCUGCAGGUUCACGCCGUGGACGCUGACGAAGGCUCUAAUGGCAGGGUCACAUACGGCUUCAUGCACAAGGACUCCACCGUGCCUGCGUUCAGCAUACACCCAGACACCGGAGUAAUUGUGACAGCCAGGAAAUUUGACCGCGAACGCCAGCGGGAGUACGCAGUGACGGUGACUGCCACUGACCAGGCCGCUGACCCACUGAUUGGCAUUUGUCAGCUCAACAUCCUUAUCCUGGACCAGAACGACAACAGUCCCAAGUUUGAGAACAUUCGAUAUGAGUACUUCCUCCGCGAGGACACGAUGAUCGGGACUAGUUUCUUGCGCGUGGCAGCUCAUGACGAUGACUUUGGAACCAACGCAGCCGUCACGUACUCUAUGUCCAGUGAACAGCCGGAGUACCUCAGGGUCAACCCCCUGACAGGUUGGGUGUAUGUCAACCAGCCCAUUUCUCAGAGGACCUUCAUCACCAGGGAAAUUGUGGCUACAGAUGGGGGAAACAGGAGCAGUUCAGUGGAGCUGUCCGUCACCAUCACCAAUGUGAAGAACCAGCCUCCACAGUGGGAGAAAGACAGCUACAGCGUGGUCAUACAAGAAAACACUGUCCGGGACACACCCAUCGUGACUAUUAAAGCCACCUCCCCUCUUGGAGAUCCCAGGGUAACUUAUAACUUGGAGGAUGGCAUGGUGCCAGAGACCAACAUGCCGGUUCGCUUCUACUUGACCCCCAACCGAGAAGAUGGCUCAGCCUCCAUCCUGGUGGCAGAGCCCCUGGACUACGAGACCACCAGGAACUUCAUGCUGCGUGUUCGAGCUCAGAAUGUCGCUGCUGUACCACUGGCGGCCUUCACCAUGGUUUAUGUCAAUGUUACAGAUGUGAACGACAACGUCCCAUUUUUCACUUCCUCUAUCUACGAGGCGUCCGUCACUGAAGGGGCAGAUUCAGGAACUUUGGUUUUCCAGGUGUCAGCCAAUGACCUUGACUUGGGUCUCAAUGGCAAGAUCUCCUACUCCUUGCUAGAGGAUCGCAGCGGUGACCACCAGUAUUUCAGUAUCGAUCCAGAGCGAGGAUCCAUCUAUACACAGACCGUGUUUGACCGCGAGACCAAAAGCUCCUAUCUGUUGGAGGUUCAGUCUGUGGACGGCUGGGAGUCGGCACGGCCCGGCAAACACGGGCAGCCCAACUCUGACACAGCAUAUGUUCGCGUUUUUAUCAGUGACGUGAACGAUAACAAGCCCGCGUUUGCACAGGCAUCCUAUGAAGUUGAUGUGGACGAGGAUGCUGAUGUGGGCUUCGCCAUUCUCACUGUCAGUGCCAAUGAUGGGGAUGAAGGUGGAAACGCUAAGCUGCGUUACCAGAUCACAUCGGGGAACACAGGAGGGGUGUUUGAUGUGGAACCAGAGGUGGGCACUAUCUUUAUUGCCCAGCCUCUGGACUAUGAACAGAACAAAAGGUACAAGCUUCAUGUCCUGGCUUCAGAUGGGAAGUGGGAGGAUUAUACAACAGUAACGGUAAACGUUGUUAACAAGAACGACGAGGCUCCGGUGUUCACCGUUAAUGAGUACUACGGCAGCGUCACAGAGGAACUGGAUGGCUCACCGGUGUUUGUGUUGCAGGUGACAGCGUCUGACCCAGAUAAGGAUGCUGACCAGGAGGCCCUGCGUUACUCCCUCCAUGGCCAGGGUGCUGAGAGUGAAUUCAUAAUUGAUGAGGUCACAGGAAAGAUCUACGCCCAGCGGACGUUGGACCGCGAAGAGCGAGCCGUGUGGCGUUUCGUCGUCUUGGCCACAGACGAGGGUGGCGAAGGUCUGACGGGUUUCACCGACGUCAUCAUCAACGUGUGGGACAUCAACGACAACGCGCCCGUCUUCACCUGCGCCCCCAGCUGCCACGGAGACGUAGCCGAGAACUCAUUGGUCGGGACAUCUGUGAUGGAGAUGACAGCCACCGAUCUGGAUGACUCUGCGGUCGGGCAGAACGCCGUGCUCUCUUACAGGAUUAUAGGUAGCUUAGACGCCACCAGCAUCGGGGUCGGAGGAGUACCUACCUUCUCAGAAAUGUUCACCAUCAACCCGACCACAGGGACCAUCAGUGUAGCCAUGGGCGGUCUAGACAGAGAGCAGGUUGAAUCCUACCUCCUGGUCGUAGAGGCCAGAGAUGGGGGAGGGAUGACAGGAACGGGAACCGCCACCAUUCAGAUCAAGGAUAUGAACGAUCAUGCUCCAAGAUUCAUCGAUCACUCCUGCAUGGCAAGGAUCUCUGAGAAUGCAGAGCCUAAUGCAGAGGUCCUGGAGCUCGCUGCUGAGGACAAGGACACUGGAGAAAAUGCCCAGCUGACCUUCAGUGUUGUGGCUGGAGACCAAGAGCAGAAGUUCUACAUGGUCAGUCACAAGCAGGAGCAGCGCGGCACUCUGAGGCUUAAGAAACGUCUGGACUAUGAACGCCACAGUGAGCAGAGGUUCAACCUCACGCUGAAGGUUGAAGACCUGGACUUCUCUAGCCUUCUGCACUGUGUGGUGGAAGUGGAGGACUAUAACGACCAUGCUCCAGUCUUCAUUCCACACUUCCUGUCUCUCGCCCCGCUACCUGAGGACAUCACCAUGGGAACCAGCGUGGCACAUUUGGUGGCCAGUGAUUCAGAUUCAGGCCAGAACCGAGAGAUCACCUAUAGCCUGUCUGAAGACUCAGAUCCUGAUGGUCUGUUCACCAUUGACCAGUCCGGUGUACUCUCUGUGGCCCGACCUCUUGAUCGGGAGGGGAUGCCUCAGCAUCACUUGGUUGUCAUAGCAACUGAUCAUGGAGUUCCACCUCUAACAGGCAGCGCAACAGUCCAACUGCCUCUGUUAGAUGUAAAUGAUAACGGACCAGAGUUUGAGGCGGCAUACUCCCCGAUAGUCUUUGAGAAUGUGGCUGGACCACAGGUAGUAAGGAUGAACCAAACGUCGACCCUCCUCCGAGCUGUGGACCAGGACUCUCCAGAAAAUGGACCACCCUUCCACUUCACUGUCCCCUCUGAGUAUCGCCACAGCAAUGAUUUCUACCUCCAAGACAACCUUAAUGGCACUGCGACACUAACAGCUUUGCGGACGUUUGACCGUGAGCGCCAGAAAGAGUUUCUCAUUCCCAUUGUUAUGAGCGACAGUGGCCAUCCAGCUAAAACAGUGACCAGCACCCUGACAGUAACCAUCGGUGACCAAAAUGAUCAUGCACAUGUGGCGGGGGAGAAGACAAUUUUCAUCAAUAGCCACCGAGGCCGAAUGCCAACCACAGUGCUUGGAAAGGUCUACUCUCCUGACCCUGAUGACUGGGACAACAAGACAUAUGUCUUUGAAGGACAUGUACCGAGUUACUUUAUCCUAAACAAAAGGACAGGUUUCCUGAUCAUCAAGGAGAACGCUCCACCCGGCACCUACGAGUUCCAGGUCCGUGUGUCGGAUGGAGUUUGGCCAGAUGCUGUUUCUACUGUCAUCGUGCACGUGAGGGAACUGCGAGACGAGGCCAUCUACAACUCAGGGUCUCUGCGUCUGGCAGACAUCAUAGCGAAGGAGUUCAUUGAACUGAGAGGAAAGCAGCGGAGCCGCUACGAGCUGCUGGUGGACUUCCUGUCUGAGAUGCUUUCCGUUCCACCUGAUGAUGUCAACAUCUUUAGCCUAAUGGAUGUGAAAGAGCGGAUGCUGGAUGUUCGCUUUGCUGUGCAAGGUGGGCCCUCCUUCCUCCAGCCUGAGAAGAUGCAUGGAUAUCUGGCAGCCCACAAACAAAAGCUCCAGUCAUUUCUGCAAAUCAGCGUGUUCCAAAUCCGAGUAGACGAGUGUCCUGGUUCAGAGUGUGCCGGGGCCAGCGGCUGCACCAACGUUUUGAAUGUGCGCGACACGCCCACAGUGGUGGAUUGUGGGACUAUGAGCCUUGUGUCUGUGACAGUGGAAUCCACAGCUGUGUGCUCCUGCCCGGGUAGAGAGCAGUCCCACCAGCCCUGCAACACAUAUCCCAGAAACCCCUGCUUCAAUGGCGGCAUGUGCGUGGACACUCAGCAUGGCUACAGGUGCCAAUGUCCAGCUCAGUUCGAGGGGCCUGAGUGCCAGCAGAACAAGCACAGUUUCCAUGGCAAUGGCUAUGCCUGGUUUCCUCCCAUAACGCCUUGUUUCGAGAGCCAUGUGUCACUGGAGUUCAUCACUGACGUGGCUGAUGGACUGCUGCUGUACAGUGGCCCCUUAGCCCAGCUGCAGGCCUGGGACCACGAGGACUUCCUGGCCAUAGAGCUAAUAGAUGGGACCCCCACGUUGAAAAUCAACCACGGCUCUGGCACAGUGGUGCUACAGUUGCCAGGCAACGUAAACGUGGCAGACAGGCGAUGGCAUCGGCUGGAUGUCCGCAGCAACAGCAAGGAAGUGCGAUUCACCCUGGAUCGCUGUUCAGGGGCAGCAGUCAUGGAAAUGGAGGGACUGGGCAGCUGGUUGACCACCCAGGACCACUCUUCCUGUGAAGUGACGGGAGUUACACCCAACACUGACAGACACCUGAACAUGAGCCACGUGCUCCAGCUCGGUGGUGUCAACGAGGACAUCCCCUACAUCUACCCUCAGCUUCAGCACAAACACUUCACCGGCUGCAUCCGCAACCUCAUCGUGGACAGCAAGCUGUAUGAUUUGGGCUCCCCGGCCGACUCACAGUCCAGCUCUCCGGGCUGCCUGACCACCGACAGCAGCUGUGUCAACAUGGGCUAUCCAUCCUGCGGCCACCGGGGUCGCUGUCAUGGCGAGUGGGGCUCCUUCAGCUGCCAGUGUGUGCCGGGAUACACAGGACACCAGUGUGAAGAGGAGGCCCUGGAGUAUUCCUUUGAUGGGCACAGUCACGUGCAUUUCCAGUUGGCGUCCCCACUGCCCGCCCGGAGGACAUGGGUUCAAGUCCUGGUUCGAACCCGUAAACACAGCAGCACCAUCUUAAAUCUGACCUCGAAGGAGCAGAGUGAAUACAUAAGACUAGAGAUCUUCCAGGGUCUCCUUUGUGUUUUCUACAACCUCGGUGACGGAGACUACAACCUUACCCUGCCCACCUAUCGCCUCGACAACGGUGAAUGGCACGAGGUUUUCCUAGAUCGGCACGACAACGAAAUGAUGCUUCAACUGGAUGGCGGUGGAGGGCAGCGGGAGGUCACAGGAUCGCACGGACGAAGCCGGGAAAUCAUCAUUGACCCCACUGUGGUGAUGCUGGGAAACACCUUCCCCUCUGGAAUCAACAAGAGCUUCCAGGGCUGCAUGAGGGAUGCACGUCUGAAUGGUCGCUACAUGCCCCUGGACAGCCAGCCGCGAGAUGGGGUCUCCCAGGUCAGCAUACAAGGCCUCUCCCUUGGAUGCUCAUCUGACUCCUGCAAAAGAAACCAGUGUAGCCCCCCCUUCACUUGUGUUGACUUGUGGAGGGUGCACGAAUGCAGAUGUCCUCCUGGCCACAUGAUCCGUGUGAACGGGACGAGAAAGUCCUGUGUCUACACGCUCUGUGCAACGCGGCCCUGUCACCGAGGGACCUGUGUGGCCCAGUCACCAUCCAAAUUCACCUGCCACUGCCCGGAGGGUUACAGAGGACGUCACUGUGAGACGACACUGGCCAUCUACCGGGAGGACGUGGGCCUUAGCUUCAGCUCCCUCUUUGCCAUCUGUAUCUGCUUCAUGGCUCUACUAGUGCUGCUGUUGGGCAUUUUCCUCUACACUCGCUGGAGGAGCUACAAAGGGCUGAAGGAGGGCGUCUACCACGUCUCCGCCCACCACGACGGCUGGGAGGACAUCCGAGAGAACGUCCUCAACUAUGACGAGGAGGGAGGCGGGGAGGAGGACCAGAACGCCUACGAUAUGGCGGAGCUGCAGAAGUCACUCCAGCCGAGCCCGGCCCAGUCGGUGCAGUACUGCCGCUCCAGAGCCCUGCACCACCCUCCUCCUCCCCACCACCACCACCACCAUCAUCUUCUCCACCAGGCGGCCCCCGCCCCGCCUUCCACCCAGUCGCUGGACCCCCUCAGCAGGACCGCCAGCUCCACCACCCUGCCCCCCUCGGUGGCUUCAACUUCCUCCACCGCCACCACCACCACCAGCCUCCGCAGGGACGUCCCCCCCACCAGACUUCCAGCUCAGGGCCAGGCUCGGCCCUCCCAGCUGGCGCGCCGCUCCCUGUCCUUCUCCAGCCAAGACCUGGCCCGCUAUCUGUGCGAGAUCAUACGCGACGCGGACCAGCAUCCGGACACAGGGCCUUUCGACUCCCUGCAGGUCUUCUCCACGGAGGGAGGGGGCUCGCCAGCCGGCUCGCUCAGCUCCUUCAGCUCAGCGGGGCUGGACGGGGGGAGCGGCGGCGAUGGGGGUGGGGAGGGAAGGAGGGAGGAGUCGCUCGGGGAGUGGGGGCCUCGCUUUGAAAAGCUGCGGGCGCUGUACGAGCGAGCUGAGGCCAGCGACCUCUGAGCGCCGACACCCGCGGACCGAACUGAUGCGCGUCUGAUAACAGGCCACCCUGAAAACAAUCAAUUAGCAAACACUUUGCGGCAACUGAGGCGGGGAACCGGCGAGUGACUGGCUGACAGAGAGACUCGCUCGCCACCCCUCACUCGCUGACAACCGACACCAAAGGUGUCGUAUUUUACUGGAUGAUGGGCCCCGUCAAUCAACACGGUGGCCUAACAGACAGAUGAAAGUGUCCGUAUGAAAAGAGACCGUCUCACUCUACCCCGGAUGACAAUAUUGCAGGAGCAGACGUUAUCAAACCUGCCAGUCAGGUUAAAAAGGCUUCAGAACAUCACCCUCCACCUGGGCUACUCAUCAUGAUGGAGCUUAGCUUCACUGUCGGAAAAAUCUGUUCCAGUCACAACCACUAAAACCCCAAAUUCCCUCUAUUUUCUGACGCUCAUUGUGAGCUGCUCUGGAUGAGUGUCAGCCGAGGGCCUAAAAUGUGAAAUGAAAAUCUUUUGGCAAAGGGUUUUUCUUUUUUAUAUACAUGUACCAGAGCAAACCAAUGUGUAUUUUUAAGCAUCUUGCUGCUGAAUUAAAUGUUUGUAAAUAAAUGAAGGACUCUUAUGAAAUGUCCCACACUGCGCCGUCACAUGAAAAGACAGUGAAGAUGAGUGGGAUCAUUCUGAGUAGCCCAUUUAAUACAGGACCUGGAUUUUUCAGUAUAUAGUGGACACAUUGUGUUCUCGCUGCCUGGCUGUACACAGCUUCUGUCAAUGUUUGUAUGAGAAAAAAAAAAAAGAAAAAAAAGUGCUUCAGCCAUCACUGGGUCGUAGGGUGAGGGUUUGUUUUUUUGUUUUUUUGUUUGUUUUUUUUUUGUUUUUUCUUCUUCUGGUAAUACGUCUUUCGCUGGGUUGAGUAAUUCUGUAUUGGUUGGGUGUUUUCAAGUUUUAACGCUCCAUGGGUUGUGAGACAUCAAGCUUUCUACUUACCGCUGCGCCCUCGUCUUCGUGUGAUUUCCUGUUCUCAUUCGCACUCCUCCGCCACGCGUUCCUCCGCACCCGGGGGAACGUGCACAACAAUUCAAACAGCUUUGUAAUAAAGAAAUGGGAUCGGACGUGCGGACCGAGGGAGGGGAGGAAACACUUGCUCUGCUGCUCUGUUCCGUGCGCGCUCAUCCUCAGGCAUACCAAACGCGGCGGCUGCAAGAGACUGUUUUAGCAGACAAUCGCUUGGUAGAAUACAAACUAUCUCGAAACAGCCUUCCAAGGUGACUGCUCAAUAAAUACAAACAUGAGGAGGACGAACGAGAUUUAUAAUGAUUAUUCAUAGAUUGAGUCUUGAGCUGUGAUACCUGUGCCGGGAGCAUAUUCAAACGCACAUUUAUCCGUUGCCCCUUCCUAAAUUACUCUUGGCAGAAAACUGCGUGAUAAUUGUGAUUUGGAGAAAAUGGACUGAGAGAAAAUUGCGAGGAAAUAAUAACUCUGCUAGUUAUUAUCCUAGCUGUGAAUUGUCAGCACGGUGGCAGGCGUUCCCGUUAUUUGGCUCGUCACAUCAGGUUGAUGGAUCCUUUUUUCUUUUUUCUUUUUUUCGCACCCCCCCCAACAAAAAAGAAAAAAAAAAAUGAAAGGCUCCCUGCUGUUGUGGAAACCGGAGAGAACAAUUUGUCUAAAAAAGAACAAAAAAAAAAGGCAGAGAAGAAGAAAAAAGCAGUGAUGGAGAAGAUGAGCGCGGAGUCUGAAAAGGAAUUGUUCCUCUCACCUUUGAUGAGAGAGAUGAUUACAGGGCGGAGGGCUGAAUCAGUGAGCAAAUGAGGAGAGGAGGCAGAGAGGAACCAUCUUAUCAAGUGCCUGGCUUUGUGGCGAGAAGUGCCACCAGCGCACCACGGAGCUCAGUGGCUCCUUAGAGAGCUGUAGAGACGAGGAGUGUUGGGGGUAAUGGCUUUCCAGGGAAACGGUUUGUUGCACCGCAAAUGGCAUAAAUACAAAAAGUCACGUGUACUCACCCCAACAGUUCUCCCAAAAAAAAAAAAAGAAAAAAAAAAAGCAAACCUGGUUCGACCUGACACUUCAGGCGCCGCAGUCUGCUGAAAGUAGCAGCCGCGCUCGUAUUGUGCUCUUUUUUUUUUUUUUUUUAACGGCAGAACCAAGCCUGUGACAGAGAGCGGUGAAAGGGUAGGAGUGUGUGUGAAAACACAUCAGGCCACUAAUCCUAAUAGGAGCUGAUGGCUUGCUGUCAUGCUGGGAAAAAAAAAAAAACAAAGGAUUGUGGGUACUUUUAAAAAAAAAACACGCCAGAGGAGUCGAUGCCCAGAUUGAGACUUUCCAGAAACAUCCUUUUUUUUAAUGAAAAGCUGAGGAAACAAUGUGGCUGUUAAAAAUAAGAGACUUGGCGGUGAGGUUAGGGUGCAGUACACUGUGGAGAGAUGCCUGAAAGUAAGACGCACCCCCCCCCCCCCUUUUCUUUUUUUUCUUUUUUUUUUUUUUUUUACAGACAGUGGGUGUUUCCUACAGAGGGAUGCUUGUUUUUUUCUUUCUUUUUAUAUUCCUCUGCAGAGAGACCAAACCUGAGCCACACAGAGCGGUGAAUGAAGACGCUCCUCCUCAAUUCUCUCUGUGCAGCUGAAAGCAGCAGCCACUCACUUCCCACCACCAUUCAUUCGUACCAUAUAAUGGCUUCUUAAAUGUUGUGUUCCGGGUGCAGACAUGUUGUGAACAAAGUUAAUGUUUUUACCUCAUUUGUAAAUACAGAGAUAGAUUAAUUACAAUUACUGCUUUUUGUCAAGAAAAGGCGCCAUCGGUUUAAAAUGUGCAGCUUCAGAGAAAAAAAAUAAUAAAAAUAAUCGAACCAAACAUAUCUUUUUUAUUAUCAUGAUGGUGAUGAGCUGAGCUUUGGACAGUUAUGUACGUGUUUUGUAUUUGCUUUUAACUUUUCUUUUUUUUUUCUCAAUAAAUUCAUUUAUUUGCACCAGUGAA